AAGCUGAGCGAGGCAUGCUUUAAAGAAUUCGCCAAAAUCUGAAGAAAUUAUGGCCUCGUUUGUAUUAAGGGUUCUUUCAUUGACUUUGGGAAUCUUUUUCAUUUUUAUCGGAACGUUGAAGUUAUCACCGUCAAUCAAUGAUGAACUGUACAGGCAAAUGAGAAAGUCAUUUAUCAAGAGUGCAAAGGUAUUUCCAUUUGCAAAGCUAACAGGAUGGAAACCAAAUCCACACACAUACAGGAAAAUAUUUGGUGGAUCAGAAAUUGUGUGUGGAGUGAUACUUGUGGCCAUACCUGGACCAGUAAAAGAUGCAGUGAAUAUUGUGAUGUUGCUGAUGAUGUUGUUGGAUGUGUAUUCACACUGGGCAUUGGACGAGGGUCUUGAUAAAAUGAGUCUGUCUAUUGUGUUCCUCUUACUGCUUACUUGUAGACUUAUUGUCUACCUUCAAAACAAGUUACGCACUAUGGAAGAGGAAAAGGAAGGACAUGGAAAAAAUAAAAAUGUAAAUAUGGCAAAAAUGGCUGAGAAAACAGCAAGUGAGUUAAAGAAAGAUCAGUAGAUUUUUCAUUUAAAAUGACGAGUUACCAAAAGUAUUAUCAAAAUCAAAUAUCAUAAAAAUAAUGUUUUAAUACUUUUGCAAUGGAAGCUACAGGGACAUUUUACGGGACAGUAAUCUCAGCCUUCAGAAAUAUCCUAAUAGACGUUUUAUUAAUUUGUUUUGAAUGGUACAUGUUUUUAAGAAAAAAACUUACCUGAGAAUUUCUCUGUAAGAUUUAAGAGAAUCUGUUAUAUGAUCAGAGUGCAUGUCCUUAUGUUGGUAUUGGCUUUUUACACCAAAUAGUUGUAAUAUAAGUGUCCUGAUGAUAGUUGAAUGUAACAUUUCCUUGUAUGUAUUAAAGGAAAAUUGUCCAGGGAAACACUUUUCUUUGUUUUACAAAAUGUUGUGAUAAUCUGUCAAAAUUGCCCUGAUAUACAUAUAUGAUACACAAAUGGAAAUAUGUACAAGAAAUUAAUGUGUUUUUUAAUCCAGUCAAUCUACACAUUAAAACUUACAUAUAUGAUUGUGUUUGGUUUUGAUAAAUACAGUGUACCAGUUUAGAUACUUUACUGAGAAAAUGAGAUCCAACAUUUGGCAGAAAAUCUUGUGUAGAUACACUACUUAUUGAAGAAUUCUGCCUGUGAAAGUAUGUGAACAAUAACAGGUAGUAAGUUAUGAUAUUCAUUAUUAUAUCUUUUGCUUUGAAAUAUCAGUUUUUUACUGAAAAUACAGGUGGUAUUAACACAGUGAAAAUAAAUAGUUUUGAUAUUUUCACUCAUUUUUGACUAAUCAGAUCACAGUAUUUAAAGUGAAAAAAUGAAAUUUUCCCACAGUGCAUUGUCAUAUCGUAAGGAACCACAACUCUGGUAGAGAUUGUUGAAAAUUUACAGUUGUAUUGAUCCUAGCUAAUCUGGAUUUUUUUCUUUUCUUUUUAAUUAUUUGAAGACUUGUGUCUUAGAUUUGAAACUACUGUAGAUGAUAUGAAAGAGAAAUGACCAGAGCACACAAAUAGAUAGAGUGAAAAAUUCAAACUAGCAUCAGUGUUGUGUGAAAAAAUGUAAUACCGGUAGAUAAGAUACUUUUUGUGUCUUGAUGAAUGGCCACUAUAUUUCAUCUGUUGAGGUGGAAUUUUUCAUAGUUUUUUAUUCAUUCUGUGCAUGUGUGAAAAAUAUCAAAGUUUUUACCUCACUUGAUGAAAUAUAAGUGUUAUUCAUCAAGUAACAACUUAUAUCCUCUAUAUAUUUCAUUGUAUUGUAAAAAUGUUAAGAUGUUUCAGAAAAAUUUUCUGAUGUGUUGACCUCAUACAAGUCAUUGUGUAACCAUUUUAUGUCUCAAUGCUCUACUUGUUGUAUAAUACAAAAUGUUUAUAUUUGUAUGACAUUAUCCAUUCCUCAGUGUAAGUAUGGAGUUUCUAUGUUUAUUAUAUACUGUAUUCUUACACCUAGUUUGGUGUGACCAUAUAUUGGGAAGAUAAGGAAAACUAUUAUGUUUCACAAGACAUAGGACCAGCAUUUGAUUCCUGGUGUAUGAAUAAAUGUCUGGAUGAAUACUUACUGAUAUCUAAUAGGCCUCUGCAUUUCUACCUUUCCACAGAUUGUAUACUAUGUUUUGAAUACAGAUUUCAUUAAUCAUAUUUAUUGUUUUGUAUUGCGACACCUUGGACCCUGGUUUCCCUCCUGUAACAUGUUUAGAAGAGACAAACUAGUUGUUCAUAUAAAACAUAUUAAAAUGGGCACCAAAUUUAAAUGUAAUAUUAAGAAUAUAUACUUAAACCAUUUCUUGUGUUAAAGUAAUAAAACCUGAAACUUUUGAAUAAAUCCAUGUUCCUCAGCACUUACCCACUAUGGCUAUCAGUAGUGUUGUGUAGAUUUUUGUAUGGUAAAUGUGUGCUUUUCUUUAUUAUUAUUAUUUGUUUAACUGUAUGUUUUAUUGUAAUCAAUGAUAUACUAGGUGUAGACGUGGGAGGCAGUUUUAGUACUCUCAUCAUUUAUUGUUAGCUUUGUUAUACAUAUGUAAUGGCUAGUUCAGUAUACAUGCCUACACAAUGCAAUAACAACUGUUUGUAAAAAAGUGAAGGGAAUCACUCAUUGAACUUAUGGAAACAUUUUAAAUAAACAUAACAUUACAGAUUCGAAAUAACCAGAAAGAAGUAUCUUUCCCCAAAUCCUCAUUAACAGGAUUUCCGAACCAUCAUAUUCAGUUAGUCUGUGAUGGUAUUUGCUUACCUCACAGACAAUGUACAUUGUAAGUCAUCCUCUGUUACGUAAUAGAGAUUAGAAAAGUGUAUGUAAAAUGAGAAAAAACUUGUUAUUCUGCUGAAACCUUAUUAAUAAGUUAUGCAUCAAUUAUGUGAAAGUCCAUAACUGUUUUUACAUCGAGAAGUUUGUAUGAACCUCAUUUUUGUAAUUGGUUUUUCCCAAGAAAAUGUUUGGGUACCAGUGUUUCUGGACUGCAUAUGUAACCAUUACUUAACUGUGUAAGUAAGCAAUCAUUUUUCAUUCAGACUGUCUCAUUUCAUAUAAUAAAGACUAAAUAGAUCA